AUGCAUAAAACGUUGCAACUCCCGAAAGAAACCUCAGUAAACGAAGGUAACACAAUGCUACUGCCUGACAGCCAAACCACAUCAACAAACCACCAACAAUCACUGCCAUCACCAACCGUUGCGACGACCGUGUCAACACUACCUGGUGUCAAACUACCCAAAUCGCCUGCCCAGUGGCUGGAGGCCAACACAUACUUUCAAUCCACAAUCUAUCGCUACUUUGCCCAGAAUUAUGGCACCAUCAAAUACAAAUCACAAACUGGUCUACCUGCUGACACAAACAAAUCGGUCAAGGAACUAAAAAAAGAGCUAAAGCAACUAAAAAUUUUAGGCCAACACAACCACAACUUUGACAACUAG